AUGUCCCUGACCUCUCAAACAAUUGCUUAUGGCGAUAAACCUACUGAUUAUGUAGAAUCUAAAGAAAGUCCUUCGGCAGCUGCAAAUUUAUAUCAAAAAGCUAUUGAAUCAAAACCAAAAAAAAAUUCAAAUAAAGAAAAUCAAAAAAAAACUUCUGGUACAAAAUGGAAUGAAAUUCUUUUAUUUGGAUUACAGUUACAACAAAUACAAAAUAUUCGAGAAAUGAACCAAAUUAACCGUAGUUUAAAAUCAUAUUCAUUGUUAAGUGAAUCAGGUCAACGAAAUAGAAGUAAAAAAGGAGCAACUAUGUUUUACCAAGCAGCUCAAGAGCAAAUAAAAACUAUUUUUCAUAAUGAUGAUAUUGUUAUAUUAAAUGAAAUGAAUUUUACUAUUAAUAGUCAUUCUUAUUCAUUUGUUUAUAAUCAACUUCAUAGCAAUACAGAAGAAUUACGUUUAUUAGCAGUUGUUAAAGCAAUGGACAUUAGCAAAAUAUCACAAUCAGCAUAUAGAACAAUUGCUAAUUUUAGUCAAAGUUUACUAUGUGAAUGGGCAGUUUCUGAAGCAAAAAAGCAACUUAUGUAUAAUAUGACAAGUCAAAUAAAAACAGUUUUAUUUGAUCUUUCAACAAAUUUAUUAAAUAAUUCAACUGAAUUAAUUGAUGAAGAAAUUCAUUUUAAUGAUCAAAAUAUUGUUGAAUCAGUUAUAAAAUCAGUUAGAAAAGGUGCAUAUAGAUCAAUUAAAGAUAUUUUGGCUUAUCUAAUUCCAACAUUAGUACAAAAUAAAAUAUUAAAUUUAGAGUCAAGAAAUAUUUACUUGCGAAUCUCUGCAGAUGGUCGCAAUAAAAAUAUGAAAGCUUAG